CACCCUCCUUCGUUACCUUUUUAAAAGUAUCACAUCUUUUUAGCAACAGCCCUGGUAGAACAAGUUGUAAAGGCUCCUUGAAAUAUAUGGGAGGUAGGUUUUGGGGGCACAGCAAACUCUGGGUGCUUGGUGACUUUCCUUCCCCUCCACCUGCCCUCUCCGGCUCUGUGCCACCCAGUCCCAUAGACCUGAGCGUUGUGCUGGGAACCAACGACUUGCAAAGCCCCUCCCUGGAAGUGAAGGGGGUCGCCAGCAUAGUGAUUCACAAGGACUUCGAAAGGUUCACCAUGGACAACGACAUCGCCUUGCUGCUGUUGAACACAGAGAUCAGGUUCAGCGGCCUGAAGGAGCCCAUCUGCAUGCCCAGGCAGCCCGGCCCCGCCAAGUGGAGCAAAUGCUGGGUGGCAGGAUGGGGGCAGACCAAACCUGGUGACAAACACUCUGAGACCACUGACCUGAUGAAAGUGCCAAUGGUCAUCAUGGAUCGGAGGGAAUGUACAAAGGUGUUUCCAAAGCUCACCAAAAACAUGCUGUGCGCUGGGUAUGAGAAUAAGAGCUACGAUUCCUGCCAGGGUGACAGUGGAGGGCCUCUGGUCUGCACCACAGAAUCGGACAGGAAGUGGUACCAGGUGGGCAUCAUCAGCUGGGGAAGGAGCUGUGGACGGAAGAACAUCCCAGGAAUUUACACCUUGUUAGAUAAUUAUAGCCCCUGGAUCAAGAAGGUGACGGAGGUGGAGGGAAGGCCCUAUGUCUCUGAGAAAAUGAGAACUGAGGAGGUGAGCGCUCCUUCCCCAGAGAUACUGAUGAGAUCCAAGGCCUCAGAAUUCCCAGAGCCAGGUGGCCCCAGACUCUGGCUCCUGCCCUGCCUUCUGUCCUACAUGCUGUUCUAAGCCAUUUUCUACUGGUGAUAAAACAAGUGCUAUUCCGUAACCAAGGAGGGUGUGUGAGAAUGUGUUUGAAUGAUUAUAGCCAUGUGGCUACAUCGGGGAGAAGCGAGUAGUGAGGUGGAGAGAACAGAUGUUGACAGGGACUGUUUCUCAAAAGGGCUUCCAAGUGGAGGCCACAAUGACCCCAGCCCCUCCAGUUUGCAUCCUACCAGCUAAGCAGCCUCAGUGGAAACAGCACCUUGUUCCCGACAA